AUUGUAGCGUUGAAGCUAAUUUCAUUUGAUUCUGUUUUUUGGCUCUAUUUCUUUUGUUAUUUCCAAAACAUAAUCAAGCAUUGGUUUUUGUUCUGAGAUUCGAUCAUGGAUGAAUCUAAACAGUCCCCAAAGGUGUACUACGCCAACAACCCCCAGAGGCAACACAACCUCAGGAACCCCUUCGCCUGCGACGCUGGUAUCGACGUGGUGAAGAAGCUUCUGGUCUUUGAAGUUGUCUCUUUCAGCUUCUUCCUUUUCUCCUCGCUUGUCGCCCAAGGCCUGAAGCUCGCCACCAUCAAUUUGCUCAACAGCAAAGAUGUGGAUAAAGUGUUCUGGGCCACCAUUAACCAGAAGGUUUUAAGGCUUGGGAUGAUGGGAUCCGCCGUGGGGUCAGUGAUGGGGUGCAGUUUCUUAACUCUUUCGAUGGUGCACGUCAUCGAGAACCGGUUGGGGAUGCUGUCUUGUGGGAGCAAGCUGGCAAUUCAUGUCAUCGGAGCUCUGGUCCUUCUGGUUUCCUCUGCUCUCAUGGUUUAUAUUUCCAUUGCUUUUUAUGCUUUCAUGCACUGAGAAAACUGAGUGGCACUCGUCCAUAAAUUAAUUGUACUUCCACUUCCAUAAAAUUGUAAAUUUGUUUAUGGUUUUUGUGUUUUUUUUUUUUUUUUCAAAUUAAGCUUCUUAAUCAUAGAGGUUAAAAAAUACCCAUACAUUAAUGUUGGAACCAGGUGUGAUGAAACCAGCUUCUGGGUUCGCAAUGAACCCAAUGAACUCAG